AUGGAUCCAGCACGAAUUAAGCGACUCGCAGAAGCUGCAGCGUCUGACAGCCUCGACGACGCCUCGACGACGCCUCGACGACGCCUCGACGACGCCUCGACGACGCCUCGACGACGCCUCGACGACGCCUCGACGACGCCUCGACGACGCCUCGACGACGCCUCGACGACGCCUCGACGACGCCUCGACGACGCCUCGACGACGCCUCGACGACGCCUCGACGACGCCUCGACGACGCCUCGACGACGCCUCGACGACGCCUCGACGACGCCUCGACGACGCCUCGACGACGCCUCGACGACGCCUCGACGCUUC